CAAUACAGGCAAAGAAUAUGAUCUGAUAAGCGCAAAUAGCAAUGGGGUUAAAAGUGUCAAAUGUUUUUGCAACUCUGUGUAAACAAAUCGAAGCAUUUCUCUUAUUUUACUCACUGUUUUUGGCGAGCACUACGUUUACGUGAUCACCAAGUAAUAGUUUCCUGUAACAGAGAUAAAGGCAGAUGUUUUCAAUUGAGCUCUCAAACCGAGUUCAUUUAAAACACGCUUGGUGGGGUGUGCUGGGGCGCUAUUGUUUUUUGGAUGACUUCCCCUACCCCCAUCUACCCCCUUCUUUCAGAUAGGCGGCAGACCGAACCCCUGCAGACUAGAGUCCACCUUCAGUGUUUCGGACUUCCUCGAACUUUGUCAAACUUUAGCAGUAAGUUGAAGGCGCUCUCUUGAUUCUCUGCUCUCCAGAGGCUGAAACGCUGCUCAACUUUUCUCGCGCUGACACUGUGCAGGUUUUUGACUGUUUUUAGACAAUGAAUUGCCAGCCACCUUUCCCUGUACAGUUAUCAAUUUUAUUUAUCAUAAGCUUUUCUCUCACUCAUGGAUAUCCGUCAAGUCUUUUCCAGGGCAACGCAUAUUCAGGAACCGUUCAAAGGCACAGAAACAAAAACUGGUGCGCUUUUAUUGUCCAAAAGAACGUAAGCUGCGCAGUUCAAGGCAGCGUGGAAAGUCACGUUGAACCUGAACGCGCGCGCUGUCCCGAGCAUCAGCCUGACUGUGAGCCACAAAUGAUAUACCGUACUCGGUUUCGGCCGACUUAUAAGAUAGCAUACAAGACUGUGACUGAGUUAGAAUGGAGGUGCUGCCCAGGAUACCAGGGCCAAGACUGCAGAGAAGUGAAAGACUCUCCAAACAGUCAGACAGUAUACCGACAAUCAUACCCACAACAGCCACAGCAUGGACAAACUCGACCUUCACAAACAGGGCCAGAACGUCGAGAAACCGUUCAAUAUGAUAUCAGACGAGGAGCUGACAAAACACGCAUGUUGGAGGAAGAAGUGCAGCGUCUCUCACAGACUGUGCUGGAUCUUCAAGCAGCCAUGACAGGUAUGGCUGAGAACCUGCGGACAGACUUACAGGAGGACACCAGCAAGAUGCUCAUUACCCUCCUCAAUGACAGGACUUCACCUGACAGCGCAAGAACGGGAGGCACAGAGGAGAGUGUGGUGCUUCUGGAUGGCCACCAGGCCAUGAGAGGCCACACCCAUGGUGAAAGAGAAAUUGAGACGGUGUUGGCCAGGCUCAACGAUGUGACAGAUGCUCUCAAAAGCAAAGACGAAGCUCUUGAGGAACUGAGGGGAACAGUGACAGGGCAUGACGGGCAGAUCCGAAUGCUUAUGGAUAGUAGCUCUCAAGGCCUACCAGUCACAGGUGCUGCUGCUCAAGAUAUAGACAUCCUUCAGACUUAUAUUGAUGGGAAAUUUGAGAAGCUCAAGAAGGAGCUUGUUGUAAACAUGGAAGACGAGAUGGCUAAGAUGAAAAAUGUGUGUGAUGAAAAGAUUCAGUCUCUUCAAAAAGCAUGUGGAGAAGGAAAGGAAAGUGGCUAUUUGAGCCUCACCGAUCUAGUGCACAACAAGGAAGCUGAGCUUAGAAAGGAGAUCCGUGAGCUCAGAUUGGAUUUGUCCAUGUCAGAUGGUCUAAUGCGUGCGAACCGCCAAACAGCCAGUGAAAAAGAUGAUAGUGACUACAACGACUUGAGGAAGGAACUUGUUCGAGUCGCAGAUGCCCAUCGUGUCCUGAACGCCAGAGUGGACAACGAGCUAGAGCAUCUGUCCUCGUUGAAGAUGGAAGACCUGCUUGGUUCACGCAUUGAAGACCUGGAGGACAGGAUGAACGUCACUGAGAGGAACGCAGAGAAUUAUUGCUUCUAUGUGGAUGAAAAACUUACCAAGGAAAUUAUGGAUCAAGUAGCUAUUCUACGUCAACUCCUGGACCAGAAACUUGAUGCUAUGCAGGAUCAGUUCACUACCAUGUUGAUCGAGAUGAGCAACAACUCUUUCCCGGGGAUGCCUAGCGAUUCUGUUGAUGCUCUGCAAACUCAGGUUAACACUAACAGGCACCUUAUACAGGGGUUGGAGGACAAGUUUAAUGCAAUUGGGCAGAUAUGCUCAACUGACUGCAAAACCAGCCUACCAACCGAUUCCCAAAAGCCAGAAGGUCUGAAUAGUCUUGUAGAGGUCUUGAGAAAUGAUCUGAAUGUUUUACGUUCUGAUUUUGUGAACAACGUAGCAAAGCUUCAUGCAUUAGAGGAUACUAUUAGGAUGUCACCUGAGAAACAAUUCAUCAAUGCGCAUAUGCAGGACACCCGCAAAAGACUAAAUGUGUUGACUGACAAUGUUAAUGGAUUGACUGGAGCUAUAACAGGAUUGGGAGACACAGUUAGCAAAUUUAGCCAAGAUCUUCACACUUUGAACUCUACAUGUUGCCAGACAGGACAGGUAAGCGGUCCUUUUCUCCGGGAAGAAACUGUCAAACCAACUCAAAACCAGAUCGAAGAGCUAAAAGACAAAGUGGAUGCACUGAACGCUCAUGUGACCACGGAGUUGAGCUUGUGUAAGUUCACUGCAUCUGGAGUAGCUGAGGGUAUGUCGGUGGUGGAUGACAGGGUGAAGGCUCUGGAGAAGAUCUGUGGAAGGCUUGAUGGUGGGACAAACAAUAGCCAGGACCUUUCAGGGGAAUUGGAGAGGAAGGUGGCACAGAUGAACCGCACUCUGGGCACUCAUUCAGGAGAAAUCACAGCCCUUCAGAGCUCCCUUCUGAAUUUUCAGAGCCAACUAGCAGGAAUGGCUAAGCAGAUCCUUAAGGACCAUACAAGUAAAACACAAGGACUGCCUGUUCAGCAAGCGAGACCUGUCCCACUCCCUGACACUAGAGCUCCAACACAACCCAUGAGGCCUUAUGUUCCUCAUAUCCACAUACCUUUAAUCAUACCCCAUAGAACAGUCCCCACUGGCCGUCCCCAUGUGCACCAGCCAUACGUCCCACACCAGCCCUACUUGCCACAGCCUCCCAGCAGCCCCAGGCAUCCCAUCCAUCCCGUACAACCCCAUCAACCUGCCGUACACCAGCCAGUGGUGGUCACGGGGCAAGCCGGCCCACCUGGGUAUGUGCGCAGGGUAACGGUCAGACGGGAUCAGAGCUCAGAGGACUCAAGAACACCUGUGAAAGGAUUUGCAGGUGCUCCAGGUUAUCUUCCUGUCAAACCUGUCUCAUAUGAUUCCAAACAACCUCAUUCAUCGGUUGCUCAUGUCCCAUGGAGUCCUGCACAUCAAAGACCCAUUGCUACUCCAGUGUCACAGCAGAACUCCUUGAUGGACCCAUUUUCUUUCUCUGCGGGCCUUACACGGGAAACUUUCUCAGGGGACUUUGGUAUCAUCCGCUUUGACAGGGUGCUAGUCAAUGAUGGAGGACACUAUAACUCUCAGACAGGGAUCUUCACGGUUCCCGCUGACGGACGUUAUUUGGUGACUGCGGUUCUAACAGCUCCGCGGGGCGAGCGUGCAGAAGCCGUGCUCUCUGUGUCCAAUCGAAGCGUGCAGAAGUUGGACACAGCAGGUUACUGGAGUGGCCACCCGCGGCUGCCCCGAGAUCAGUGCGUUUGUGGGGGGUCUGCGUCCUUCAGCCUUAUCCUCCCUCUCCGGCAAAGUGACACCGUGGCCUUGGUCCGCACUGCUGGGAAGCUAGCGAUUUCUGAAUCUAGAGAGAUCCUCUCCACCUUCAGCGCUAUAUUCCUCUAUUCCCCUCAAGCCAAGAGAUAACCCCGUCACUGAGAGGGUUACUAAUAUGACUUUUAACACAAAUUUAACCAUUCACGAUGCUGCCUCAUGUGUAAAGGUGUGCUCACAUUAUUUCUGCAAAGUUUUCCAUCACGCAAAAUUCCCAUUCACAUGGAUUCCUAUUGAAAUUACUGGAUUGCCUGUGAAAAUUUGCUGAACAAUGGUAAAUGUGACUGCACCCUAAAGGGUUAGUUCACCCAAAAAUUCAAUUUCUGUCAUUAAUUACUCACCAUCAUGUCGUUCCAAACCCGUAAGACCUUUGUUCAUCUUCAGAACACAAAUUAA